AGCAUUUAAAGGAAGCUUGUAGUCCUAAACCUCUCAAAAAGCCCUAAGCGUCUGUGUGCUCUGAGUUGCAGAACCUCUCUUCGCCGGAAACUGACUACAUACCUUCCUUUAAACACCCAUCACUCGCAAUGUCAUCUAUGAUGCAACCUCAAAUCAUAUUGCUGAAGGAGGGUACGGAUACAUCCCAAGGGAAGCCUCAGCUCAUAAGUAACAUAAAUGCUUGUGUGGCCGUCGCCGAUGUGGUCCGUACCACUCUUGGCCCUAGAGGAAUGGACAAGUUGAUCCAUGACGACAAAGGCAACACUACCAUUUCAAAUGACGGUGCCACUAUUAUGAAGCUUCUCGAAAUUGUUCAUCCUGCUGCCAAGAUCCUUGUUGAUAUUGCCAAGUCACAAGAUUCCGAGGUCGGUGAUGGAACCACCACAGUAGUAUUGCUUACUGCUGAAUUUUUAAGAGAAGCUAAACCCUUUAUUGAGGAUGGCAUUCACUCUCAGAAUUUAAUCCGUAGUUACCGCACCGCAUGCAAUUUGGCUAUUGGGAAGAUUAGGGAGAUUGCUGUUAGUAUAGAGGGAAAAAGUUUGGAAGAUAAAAAGGAUUUGCUGGCAAAGUGUGCUUCUACAACCCUUUCUUCAAAGCUAAUUGGUGGAGAAAAAGAGUUCUUUGCUUCUAUGGUGGUUGAUGCUGUUCUUGCCAUUGGCAAUGAUGAUAGACUAAAUAUGAUAGGAAUAAAGAAGGUUCCUGGUGGUACUAUGAGAGACUCUUUCCUUGUAAACGGAGUCGCAUUCAAAAAAACAUUUUCAUAUGCUGGGUUUGAACAACAACCUAAGAAGUUUUUGCAUCCCAAAAUCCUUUUGCUCAAUAUUGAGUUGGAACUGAAGUCAGAGAAAGAAAAUGCUGAGAUAAGGCUUUCAGAUCCAUCUCAAUAUCAGUCAAUCGUUGAUGCUGAAUGGAAUAUUAUCUAUGACAAAUUGGAUAAAUGUGUUAAGAGUGGGUCCAAAAUUAUAUUAUCAAGAUUGGCUAUUGGUGAUCUGGGCACACAGUAUUUUGCAGAUAGGGACAUCUUUUGUGCUGGUCGUGUUGCUGAAGAAGAUCUAAAUCGAGUUGCCGCUGCAACAGGUGGCACUGUUCAAACAUCUGUUAACAACGUCAUUGAUGAGGUCCUUGGAACAUGUGAAAUCUUUGAGGAGAAGCAAGUUGGUAAUGAAAGGUUUAACAUAUUUAGUGGAUGCCCCUCAGGUCAGACUGCCACUAUCGUUCUGCGUGGAGGAGCUGACCAGUUCAUUGAGGAGGCUGAGCGGAGUUUACACGAUGCCAUCAUGAUUGUCAGAAGGGCUCUUAAGAAUUCUACUGUAGUUCCGGGUGGUGGUGCUAUAGAUAUGGAGAUAAGCCGAUAUCUGAGGCAGCAUGCACGCACAAUUGCUGGAAAGUCUCAGCUUUUUAUCAACUCCUAUGCGAAAGCGCUUGAGGUUAUCCCAAGACAGCUCUGUGACAAUGCUGGCUUUGAUGCAACUGAUGUGCUUAACAAACUGAGACAGAAACAUGCACUCCCAUCUGGUGAGGGUGCACCAUUUGGUGUAGAUGUCAACACUGGGGGAAUAGCUGAUUCUUAUGCCAACUUUGUUUGGGAACCGGCUGUUGUUAAGAUCAAUGCGAUUACUGCUGCUACUGAGGCAGCUUGCCUUGUCUUAAGUGUUGACGAGACUAUCAAGAAUCCCAAGUCGGAAAGUGCUCAGGGUGAGGCUGCUGCAGGUGCUAUGGGCAGAGGAGGCCGUGGUGGCUUUGGUGGUCGUGGCCGCGGGAUGAGAAGGCGAUGAAAACAAUUAUUCCACACCAGAAUCUCCUCACUUAGAAAAAAACCUAAAUCUCAGCUAAGUUGGAUAUAUUGCCUCAUGUAGGGUUUUUCUGGCCCCUUCUCCAUCUCUCAGAUUUUGGAUAAAAAUACUUCUUCCUGUUAAUCUGUUUGCAUAACAAAAUUAAGUUUUGGUAAUUCUGUUUAUGUAUGUGUGUAAUCCUGUUAUUUUAAAAAGAAUGUGGUGGUCAGUCUCAUCAGAUAUUUAAAUGUACCAUUUAAAUUAAAUAGCUUUUAUGUUGC